GUACAAAUUUUUAGCAUUUGAUAAACAAAAAUAGGGAUGUGUAAAUUUAGAAUUUACAAGGAGAUAUAUGCAAAUUUUCCCUUUAUAAAUUGCUCUAUAUUUAAAGGCCCCGACGAUCGCGAAUAACGUCCCCCGCUCGCGACUCUCUCCUCCGAGUUCUCCGUUACUUAUAAUUCGAAUCUUCUCGCUUUUCUCCCUCAAUUUCCUCCGAUUUACAUUUUAGUCCCUGCCUCUUCACCCCCUCUAUUUCUCUCUCUCUCUCUCUCUCUCUCUCUCUCUCUCGACGACGAUCUCGAUCUGUACCCGCUCCACCAAACCCUUGCGCUCGAUCCAAAAAAAGUUGCGACAAUGGAGGAGGGCGCGGAAUGGGGAUCGUGAGGGGCGGGGAGGAGGCGAUGCGGCCCAGGGAGAUGCCGCACCCGCUCUGCUGCAUCGCGCUCGACCCCUGCCACCGCCACCACCGCUGCCGCCGCGGCCGCCACUCCUCCUCGCCCGAUCCGGCGACGCCGGAGGGGGAGGAGGUCGCCGGAGGCGGCGGCGCGGGGGCGGAGGUGAGCGUCGCCGGGGUGCUGUACAAGUGGACCAACUACGGCCGCGGGUGGCGAUCCCGCUGGUUCUCCCUCCGCGGCGGCGUCCUCUCCUACUCCAAGAUCCGCCGCCGCCGAGGCGGCGGCGGCGGCGGCGCGGGCGAUCGUCGUCUCCGGCGGCGGCGCGCUGGUGUCGCCGCACCGAUCGGGGAUGGGGGGCGCGGGGGCGGUGGUGAUGAGGCCGGGGUCGGUGGGGGGGAAGGUGCCGCUAGGGUUGCGGAGGAAGGGGCUGAGGAUCGUGGUGACGGGGGGCGCGGGGUUCGUGGGGAGCCACCUCGUGGACCGGCUCAUGGAGCGGGGGGACAGCGUGAUCGUCGUCGACAACUUCUUCACGGGGCGGAAGGAGAACGUGGUGCACCACUUCGGAAACCCUAAUUUCGAGCUCAUCCGCCACGACGUCGUCGAGCCGAUCCUUCUAGAAGUCGACCAGAUCUACCACCUCGCCUGCCCCGCCUCCCCCGUCCACUACAAGUUCAAUCCCGUUAAGACCAUCAUAUCC